GCUGGCCAGAGCAAAAAAAAGAUAGUCAUUCGCUGGCAUGUUGACAGUCACUCCCAGGUGUGACCAGGUCUGUCAGCAACUGUGGUGCUGUGCCAUAGCAUGAGUCCAAGGCAUAAAGGAGGCGAGGGGAGAAAACUUGAAAGAAAAAGACAAAAAGGUUUCGCCUAAUGGGAUUAGAGGACCAUGUGGUUGUCCUAACGAUAACUGUGCACAAUGCCUCCUGCUAUGACGGACCCUUUGGAUAUCUGGGCAGUAGAUUCCCAGAUCCCAGCAGAUAACUCCAUCACUGUAGACUUCCUACUGCCCACAGGGAUUUACAUCCAGUUAGAUGUACCUCGGGAGGCAACCAUCGAUCAGAUUAAAAUGCUCCUAUGGAGACAGGCACAGACCUACCCCCUGUACACUGUCCUUGGUGAGAAGGAUUCCUACAUGUUUCAAUGUGUAAACCAGUCAGCAGUACACGAGGAGCUGGAAGAUGAGUCUCGCCGUCUCUGUGAUGUCAGACCUUUCCUUCCUGUUUUGAAACUUGUAGCCAGGAACUGCAAUAGAUCUGAAAGACUACUGGACUCGAAAAUUGGGGUCCUCAUUGGGAAAGGUCUCCAUGAGUUUGAUGCGCUCACAGACCCCGAGGUGAGAGAAUUCCGGAGUAAGAUGCGUAUGUUCAACGAGGAGAAGAUGCUCAAACUUCAGGGCCUUUCCUGGAUGGACUGGUUGAAACACAGCUUCCCUCCUGAACUGGAAUCCACCGCCUUCAAUAACUUCGAAGACAAGCUACCCAAAGAAAAUCUUGUUGUGGCUGUUCAGUUCGACUCUUGCCAGGAGAACUUCAGUUUCCAGAUAUCCCCCAAUUUAAACCCUCUUGACCUAAAUGAGCUUGCCAUCCGGAAGCAACUUACUAUCCAUGGAAAGGAAAAUGAGGAGUUCAAUCCCAGAGAUUUUGUUCUUCGCGUUAGUGGAAAACAGGAAUAUUUAUUUGGCGAGCAACCGCUGAUCCAGUUCCGGUAUAUUCGAAAUUGCGUGCUGAAAGGAAGCAACCCCCAACUGACCCUUGUGGACUGUUGUACCAUUAAGGAAAUGUGUGACCGAGAAAUGUCAGCUAUCGGUGUAGCUUUGCAUCGAAAAAUAUCCAAUGCUCCUCUUCCUCUGCCUCCCAAAAGGCGGACCAUCUCACAAAUGGCAACUAACGUUUGGGAUAUAAAUAGUCCGUUCAAAAUGCUCCUAAUUCGAGGAAACAAAAUAAAUGCAGAUGAAGCAGUUCGGGUGCAAGUCAGAGCAGGGAUUUUCCAUGGGACAGAACUCCUCUCUAAAUCUGUUGUUAGCACAGAAGUUUCUGGCAAAAAUGAUCUGGUCUGGAAUGAGAUCCUGGACUUUGAAAUUAAUCUCUGUGACUUGCCAAGAAUGUCUCGAUUGUGCUUUGCGGUAUACGGAGUGAUGGAUAAAGUGAAGAAGCAGAAAUCAACAAAGAAUGCAUCAAAGUACCAGACCAUUCGAAAAGCCGGAAAAGUACACUAUCCGAUUGCAUGGGUGAACACCAUGGUAUUUGACUUCAGAGCACAGCUGAAGAGUGGAGAUCUUGACCUGCACUGCUGGUCAUCAUUUCCUGAUGAAAUGGAAGAUAUGCUGAAUCCAAUGGGAACAGUGCAGACAAAUCCAUACAGUGAGAAUGCUGCAUCUUUACAUAUUCAAUUCCAGGAAUAUAGCAAAUCGGUCAUCUACUAUCCUGCUUUUGAUAAGAUUUUGGAAAAGGCAGCUGAGAUUGCUCGAAGCAAUGAUACACUAAGCAUGUCGGGCAGAGGAGGUAAGAAGUUGCACAUUGAGCUGAAAGAAAUCAUGGAGCGGGACCCACUAUCUCAACUCUGUGAAAACGAGAUGGAUUUAAUUUGGACCCUGCGAUAUGACUGUCGUGAAAACUUUCCUCAGUCAUUGCCUAAACUAUUGUUGUCAGUCAAGUGGAGUAAGCAUGAAGAUGUGGCUCAGCUCCAAGCCUUGCUGCAGAUAUGGAUCAAACUGUGUCCGAGAGACGCACUGGAACUCCUGGACUUCAACUACCCAGAUCAGUAUGUGAGGGAGUACGCAGUGAAGUGCUUAAAAGAAAUGAGUGAUGAAGAACUCUCCCAGUACCUCCUACAGCUGGUGCAAGUGCUGAAAUAUGAACCAUACUUUGACUGUGCUCUUUCCAGAUUUCUUUUGGAGCGAGCGCAAGCCAACAGAAGAAUAGGUCACUUCCUGUUCUGGCAUCUCAGGUCUGAGAUGCAUUUGCCUGCUACUUCCCUGCAAUUUGGCCUGAUCUUGGAGUCCUACUGUCGGGGAAGUUUCACACACAUAAAAGAGCUUUCCAAACAGAUGGAAGCCCUCAGUAAAUUGAAGGCUAUCAAUAAUCUAGUGAAACUUAGCUACUUGAAAGUAACAAGGACUAAAGUGAAAGAGGUAAUGAAUACUUGCCUAAAACAGCCUGUGUACACAGAAGCACUCUCUGACCUCCAGUCUCCUCUGAAUCCCAGCGUUAUCCUUUCAAAGCUAAAUGUGGACAAAUGCAAGUUCAUGGACUCCAAGAUGAAACCUCUGUGGAUACUGUACAACAACAAGAUGUCUGGAGGGGAGCCAGUGGGCAUUAUUUUCAAAAAUGGGGAUGACUUGCGCCAGGAUAUGCUUGCUCUUCAGAUUCUGCGACUGAUGGACAUGCUGUGGAAGGAGGCAGGCCUUGACCUCAGAAUUGUGCCUUAUGGUUGCCUUGCAACUGGUGAUAAAUCUGGCCUUAUCGAGGUGGUCUCUGCUUCAGAAACUAUAGCCAAUAUUCAGCUGACUAAUAGCAAUGUAGCUGCUACUGCGGCCUUCAAUAAAGAUGCCUUACUGAACUGGCUUAAGGAAAAGAACACUGGGGAUGCUCUCGAUCGAGCAAUCGAGGAAUUUACUCUGUCGUGUGCUGGCUACUGUGUAGCUACUUAUGUAUUGGGAAUCGGGGAUAGACACAGUGAUAACAUCAUGGUCCGGGAAACUGGUCAGCUUUUUCACAUUGAUUUUGGACAUAUCCUUGGAAAUUUCAAAUCUAAAUUUGGUAUUAAGAGAGAGCGAGUGCCUUUCAUUCUCACCCAUGACUUCAUUCACGUCAUCCAGCAAGGAAAGCCAGGAAAUGCCGAAAAGUUUGGCAGGUUCCGUCAGUGUUGUGAAGAGGCUUAUCUGAUCCUGAGAAAGAACGGAAACCUCUUCAUCACUCUGUUUGCACUAAUGUUAACAGCAGGAUUGCCUGAGCUGAGCUCUGUCAAAGACAUUCAGUAUCUUAAGGACUCUUUGGCUUUAGGAAAGAGCGAUGACGAAGCAUUGAAACAGUUUCGGCAAAAGUUUGACGAGGCUCUUCGUGAAAGUUGGACAACAAAAGUGAACUGGAUGGCUCAUAUUGUGGCGAAAGACAACCGCUCCUAGCGACGUGAGAAAUGGACUGAAAAUGACUUUACAGGGUGUAAAGAAGGGAACAGCUGAUGCCUGGACCAAACUGCAGGAGAAUUUCCUGAUUGUUGCACUUCAUGCCUUCUCCCUUCCAGUGCAACUAGAUCUGAUGCGUGUAUAUGUGUGUGUGUGUUAUAUAUAUAU